CUUAUUUAAACAUUGUUCGUGCUUUUCUUCUUGUAAUCUUCUACAAUUUUCUCUAUCGUAGUUGCUCCCCAACAAAAGCGCUAUAAUGCAUUCAUUGACAACAGCAACGGAACAGGAGUGUCCAUCUUUUGAUCGCAAUAUUGUUCAGGCCAUGGGACCUUAUCUCGUCUGCAAAGAUCCGCCUCUGUAUCUUUCUGCGGCCGAGUUUUCAGAUAUUCCAGAGAUGGUUAGGGUCCUUAACAUUGACAAAGAUAUCUUCAAUGGCACUGCUUCAUUCCAAUACCCUUACAAAGAAGAGCAUGCUUGGGCCCGUAUCACCCGUGCUCAUGAAACGAUCAAGAAGACCGGCUUUAAUACUCAUUGGGCCAUGCGCACCACCCCAGAUGGCCCCCUCAUUGGCUGGAUUCAUGCCUACAUCAACCCAGAUUUGAACGAGGUACAUCCAGGGACCGGUCGACCACUCAAAAUUGGUGAGAUCGGAUACUGGGUCAGCCCUGAAUACGUUAGAAAGGGAUAUGCAUCUCUCUCUGCCAAAUUUGUGGUGCAUGAGCUCCUAUUCAAAGUAUUCGAUUGUGAUAUUGUGCGAGGUGAAGCCUACAUACAUAAUAAGGCCAGUCGCAAGGUCUUGGAGAAUACAGGCAUGGUCUGUGAGCUCGAAGAGAUGACUGUCUAUAUUCCUAAACUUCAGGAGAGGCGCAUCAGUUGCGCCUAUGCUAUUCAUCGGGAUAAAUCUACUGAGAGUGUCAAGACAAAGCCUCGUCCACUUCCUUAAGUUGAAUAGUUUUAUUUUAUUUUAUUUUAUUUUAUUUAUUUAUUUCGAUUUAUAUGUCGUUAAAGUACAAAUUAUUUAAUAAAGU